AUGGCUGUGGGUGGUGGUUCUGCGUCGCAGUUUGACUCGGCCGCCCUGGCCCGUCGCCAGGAGCUGUCUGGAACUGCUGGACCUCUCGCGUUGGUGAAGAACCUCAAGGUCUUCGGAAUUGCCUGCUUUGCCUGUCUCGGAGGCCUUCUUUAUGGUUACAACCAGGGAGUGUUCAGUGGCGUCCUGACCAUGAGUUCAUUUGAUAGAACACUUCCUGAAUGGACCGGUGACGAACACUCGACGCGCAUGGGCUGGCUCACCAGUAUUCUUGAACUUGGCGCUUGGUUCGGUGCUCUCUACAGCAGCUUUCUCGCAGAGAUUCUCUCCCGGAAAUACGCCAUCCUGAUCAACGUUGCCAUAUUCAUCAUCGGCGUCGUCAUCCAAACUACCGCCGCUGCCGGAGGGAUCCAUCACUCUAUUCUCGGCGGGCGUUUCAUCACUGGAAUCGGUGUCGGUUCCUUGUCCAUGAUCGUGCCAAUGUACAACGCAGAGAUCGCUCCUCCUGAAGUUCGCGGUGCCCUCGUCGGUCUACAACAGCUGUCCAUCACGCUAGGCAUUAUGAUUUCUUUCUGGAUUGACUACGGAUGCAACUACAUUGGUGGAACUGGUGAGGGCCAGCACAACACUGCAUGGUUGCUGCCACUUUCUCUGCAGCUGGUUCCUGCUGUGAUCCUCGGCUGUGGCAUGCUUUUCAUGCCUUUCUCCCCACGUUGGCUGAUCCAUCAUGGACGAGAAACCGAGGCCCGUUCCGUUUUGGCUAGCUUGCGUAACCUCUCGCAAGACCAUGAACUCAUCGAGCUCGAGUUUGCAGAGAUCCGAGCUCAGUCGCUAUUUGAAAAGAAGACUUUGGCGGAAAAGUUUCCUCAUCUGUCCGAGCCCACCGCAUGGAAUACCUUCAAGCUCCAAUGGGUCGCCAUCGGCUCUCUUUUCAAGACAAUGCCAAUGUUCCGCCGCGUGAUCGUCGCUACCGUGACCAUGUUCUUCCAGCAGUGGACUGGUAUCAACGCAAUCCUCUACUACGCUCCUCAGAUCUUCAACAAGCUCGGCAUGUCGUCCAACGCUGUUUCACUUCUGGCCACUGGUGUCGUAGGCAUUGUCAUGUUCAUCGCCACGAUUCCAGCGGUCAUGUAUGUCGAUAAGCUUGGUCGCAAACCCGUCCUCAUUGUCGGGGCUCUGGGCAUGGCCAUCUGCCACUUCAUUAUUGCUGUCAUCGUCGCCAAAAAUCAGGACCAAUGGGAAACUCACCAAGCCGCUGGCUGGGCAGCCGUCGUCAUGGUCUGGCUGUUUGUCAUCCAUUUCGGAUACUCAUGGGGUCCUUGCGCAUGGAUCUUGAUUGCCGAAGUCUGGCCUUUGUCCAACCGCCCGUACGGUAUUUCUCUUGGCGCGAGUUCGAACUGGAUGAACAACUUCAUCGUUGGGCAAGUCACACCAGACAUGCUCACCGGCAUAACCUAUGGCACGUACAUCUUCUUCGGUCUCUUGACCUUCGGUGGUGCGAUCUUCAUCUGGCUUGUCGUCCCCGAAACCAAGAACCUGACGCUCGAGGAGAUGGACAUUCUGUUUGGAAGCCAGGGCACUGCGGAGGCGGAUAGGGAGCGCAUGAGGGAGGUCAACCGCGAAGUCGGCCUCGAGGAGCUGGUCCGGCAGGGCUCGGUCAGCCAUGCGGAGAAGACUGAGGUGCUGCCUGAGAAGACUGAGCACACUGUUUGA